GCUGCUUCUUCACCCGCGAGAAGAUAAUGAGAGCUUCGCCGGCGGCAAUGCUCUCACUCUCCUUAACUAUUCCACUACCUCUCACUUCAACCAAAACUCCUUUUUCCGACCAAUCUUUUCUAUUCAAACAUUAUUCUUGGAACAAUCAGAGCUUAUCGCGACUAGGACAUCUCGUCUCAGAGAAACCUAGCAGAAGAUGGAUCUUCUCCUGCAAAUGCCGAAACAGAGGAAGAAAUAGCUACGCCAAAUUUGAUAAUGAAGGAGAAGAUUUCAUUGUUGUAAACUUCUAUCGGUUUGUGUCAAUCGAAGAUCCCGAAGCUGAGAUUGACAAGCACUUCUCCUUCUUAAAGGAUUUGAAUAUACGAGGUCGGAUAUAUCUCAAUGAACAAGGAAUUAACGCGCAGUACAGUGGACCAUCUAAAGAUGCUCUUGCAUAUGUUGAAUGGUUGAAAGAAGAUGAUAGAUUCUCGGAUUUGCUUGUACAGAUGUCUCCUGCUAAUAAUGGGCAUGCGUUCCCUAAGUUAAAGUUACAGAACAAACCCUCCUUAGUCCAGUAUGAGGGGGGAAUCUCACACCUUCCCUUACUUGAUCCACCAAUGCGAGCAAAACCUUUAGAACCAUCUGAAUGGAAAAGGAAACUGGAAGGCUUAGCGGAUGAUGAUGAAGCAUCACCUUCAAGUAGUCGCAGAACCUGCAUAUUAUUGGAUGUCAGAAAUGGUUAUGAGUGGGAUGUUGGUCAUUUUCGUGGGGCACCUAGACCUGAAGUUGAUUGCUUUCGGAACACUUCUUUUGGUCUAUCUGAUGAAAAGGAAGCUCCUUCAGACCCUUUGAUAAAUGUUGACAAGGAAAAGACAGAUAUACUGAUGUACUGUACUGGAGGUAUACGUUGCGAUGUAUAUUCAGCAGUUUUGAGACAGCGGGGUUUCAAAAACUUGUAUACACUGAAGGGUGGAGUUUCACAUUAUCUUAAAGAAGAAGGCACAGCUGAAUGGGUUGGAAAUCUGUUUGUGUUUGACUCUCGUCUCUCUCUCCCACCAGCUACCUACUGUAACAAUGCCGUGGAUGAAGCCAUAAAAACUCCAGAAACACCUGUAGAUACAAGUUUUGCAAGAUGCUAUAUUUGUGAUUCUCAAGUUCAGGAACUAAGACAUCGGAACUGUGCUAACCUUGACUGCAACCGGCUUUUCUUAUGUUGUGCAAAGUGUGUCGACAACUUGAAGGGAUGUUGCUGUUCAAACUGCAUUUCUGCUCCCAGACUUAGACCUGUCUUGCAGGGAGUAAAGAGAUAUGAAAAAUGGCAUGUAUAUCGUGAUUCGGAAGUGCAAAAUGCACCAUUGGUUUGAUCAUGUUGAGAGAGGCUAGUUAUGCCAGGCUUGUCACUUAAACAUGGACAAGUGAAGAAACAUCACACAGAAAAAGCAGAAGAGUGCUGAGGCAGAAGCAAAUGAAGUUAACCAAAAGCAUACUCCAGGAAGAACUACUAGUCAUUCUUUGAUAUUCUUGGGUGUGAAAUUUGUCAGAACUCAAUUUUCAUUUCAACAUGUACAAACAAAGCUUGCAGCAAUUCGCAACUUAAUAUACAAGCUGUAAUUGCAGCACAA